AUGAUCCGCAGUACCCUGUUGCAUUAUCGAAUGUCCCCACUGUUGUGGGCAAUCGUGGUAUUUCUGUUGCUACUGAAUGAAGCGCCGGAUUCCGUCGAAGCUGGGACCUUGUCCAAGCUGUUGCGUCAAAAUUGCACAGUUAUAUGCGCCAUGUACGGCGUUGUUUGUGCACAAAAAGAAGAUGAUAUACAGGAAUGCAUGAAUCGGGUUCGACUGUGUGCGGAAGAGUGUGCAAAGCCGGAACCUGUUGAAUACUUCUAA